AAUUACGGAGGAUUGUGUCCUCACAUAGUUAAGAGGGGUUCAGCCACGUUUCCAUAACGAAUAAAAUAUCUGAGUGGCGCCGUUUAACUUUAUCCUUUCUUUAAAUAGAUUCUUAUUUAAAAUAAUUUAACCAAUAAACUUCAGACCUGGAGUGAUGGCCGAACUGAAGCACUUAUAUACACCAUGGGAUGUGGAUCGGCACAUAGUAUUGGACUCAGCUGAUAAGUUGGUGCUCAUUCGUUUUAGUAGCUAUGAAAAUCCGCCAGACGAAACUCUUGAUGCAUCUUUGGCCGUUCUGACAAGCCGGAUCAAGGGCGAAAAGAGGAGCCGAGAAGAUACGGGUGAUCAGGCCAAGCGUCAGAGGCAACGUCUCGAUGGAAGUAACGAUAGCACGCAGGUAGAGAUGCAUCAAAAGUCUAACGUUGUGGCUGGUAUGGAGCACUAUCUUUUUACCCAUCAGAUGGAUGCAUUGCUUGUGGAAAUUAGCCCUAAAGUUCGCAAGUACUGCACUAUCUACGCUGUAGAUACGAAUAAGGUCCCCGAGUUCAACCAGAUGUAUGAGCUCGGGCACGAUCGGGAUCCAUUUGCAGUGAUGUUUUUCUUUAGGAAUGCGCAUAUUCGUGUAGAUGUAGGCACUGGUAAUUACAACAAAAUUAACUUUUUUGCCUUCGAAGAUGCCGAUGAGUUUAUUUCUAUUAUUAAUGCUGCAUAUCGAGCCGGGAAGUUAGGAAAGAAUAUGACAAGCUCUGAUAAAAAAUACUCAACCAUCUCACUGCGGCAUUGAAAAAAAGGUAGAAACAAAAAAAGUAUCAAAGCCAAAACAAUUUUCCUCUGUCUGAUUGCUCUAUUCAUACUUCUCCAUGUUGUUGUUUUGGUAUACGUGUAGGAGGGGAGGGGGAAGCAUCUUUUCCUUCCAUAGGUAUAAACUUCCUUUGUGUAUUUCUUUUAUUUAACUGCUACUCCUACAAUUAUUAUUUUAA